AUUUAAAAAUGAUUGUGUUUACAUACAAUUUUUUCAAUUUAUAUUAUAAUUAUGUCAUUUACAGUGGAUAUUUCAUAGAUAAGAAAAUACCAGCCGUGUAGCAUUCGUGGAGAAAAAUUAAAAAAAUUGCGAAGGGAAAAAAUUCCCUUAUUAAAAAAGAAAUUCAAUAAAUAUUUUGUAAUUUAUUUGUCUCAGUUGUAUAAAAAACAUUUACAAAUUUGAGGGUAUUUACUGAAAGCGGUGUCAUUGUGGCUGACAUGCCAUGUGGCCGCUCUCUUUACCCAGUUGAAAAUCAUUCUCCACGUAAAGUAUUGGAGAAACAUAUAUAUGAAUAAAAUAGCAUCGUCAUCGUCAUGAGCACCAAGUCCACAAUUCCAGUCGAAAUUAAUAGUAUCAUUAAGUCAAGAUCACCGUCACCUUUAGAAACUCCAAAAACCAUGAGUUUAGUUGUUCAAUUAGGAACAUGCAACAAUAAUAUAAUAUCAAAUCAGCAAUCAUCACCAUUAGCUGCAACGGCCGUUGCAUCACCCAGUAAGACAGUACGUCAAUUUCCAACGUCACCCGAGCUAGUUGCAUCCGCUGCUGGUGGCCAUAACAACAAUGGCCACAGCAAUCACGUUGAUGUAAUCAAUAAUGCAAUACCAAUCCCACAACAAACAUCCCUAGUGGUCACCACAUCACAAUUCCAGACAGUUUACAAACGCUCAUUAUCAACUACAAAUCAACUGACAAAACAUUCAACAUCAUCUUCAGCAAUUGUCACAACGAAUGGAGGUCAACCAUCACAGCGUUUACAAACAUUGAAUGUUCAGCGAGCCGCUGCCGUGCAGUUAUCGCAUAUUGCUCCUCAAAGUAAAGUACAAGUAAUCAGUAACGUCGUUGUUCCGAAAAAUACGAAUUAUGUUCUAAAUAAAGCACCACCUCCUACAGUUCGUCAAAAUAACACAACAGUUGUCGGCAAUAAACAGGUAAUCACUAGUAGCGUUGUUACACAGCAACAACCAUCCGUAAAUCAUCGUACACUGAGUAAUGCUGGCGGUAACACAAUCAAAUCUCCUCAAAUAUUAAAUAAUUUUGCACUGCAAACAAAAUCACAAAAUUAUAUAACAGCAACUACAGUACAACCCCUGAAUAGCAAUCAACAGCAACGUGGAGGCGAAAAUAUACAGAAUAAUAAUCAAAAUCGAACAAUUACAAAAUUUACUUCACAGCCAACUCCACAAACUCAUGUGAUCAGUCGUGUAAUUGCACCAAUUACGAAAACACAACCGUUAAAGGUGAAUACUUCUUCAAUGGUUAUUCAACAACGACCUGGUGUUAAUUCAGGUAUUAAAACAUUACCACCACAAAUUUCACCACCCACCUUAAAUAAUAAUAAAAAUGUUCAAAAUUCACGCAUACAAAAUAAUAUAGUUGUACAACAACGUAGUGGGGGUAUUAAAACGAUACCACCACAGCGGUAUGGAAAAGCACCUCUUUCAAGUGCAUCAAAAAUUACGAGUAAUUCGUUAAAACAAAAUAAUUUUAUUGUGAAGAAUGCUAUCGUGCAACAGCAACAACCUAGACAAAAUUUGUUAUCGCCAAAAAGUAAACAUCAGCUGAUCGUACAACAAGCUCCAAAUCGACUAAACUCUGUGAAUUCGAAUAAUGUUGUUAAAUUUCAUGGACAAUAUGCACAAGAAACAAAUUCUCAGCAACAGCAAACAUCAGGAGCAUUACCUUCUGUAACAGUUGUUCGAACAGUGGCUAGUUACGAAGAUAAUAAUGUUCCCAGUAGUAUUGCAAAUACUUUAUUUUCACCGAACUCUGCAUCGAAUAAUCGUAAUUCGGUAACGAAUUCAAAUCAUGAUGAAUUAUCACAGGAAAGUUAUUUAUCUGAAGAUGAUGUGAUCAGUGAAGUACGUCCAGAUUAUUCAAAUUGUAAUAUAAACCCGGUAUUAUUUGAUCAUAAUUAUCAUCUGCCACCACCUGAUAGUCCGCCAGUAUCGCCAGUAGCAAAACCGCAUUUAUCACCUUUAGAAAGUUCGGAAAAUCAUCAUAGUCAUCAUCACCACGAAUCUAGUAAUUUAUCAGGAUUGAACGUGUCGCAAACUUCACCAAGCUUUUUACAAUAUGCAUCAAAACGACCUGGUGAAAUUCAAGAUGAUGAUGCAGGAUCAACCAUUAGUAGCGAUGCUGGCCGUGAAGUUGAACCUGAAGGAGAGGAAACAGAAACAGCACCAGAAGGCGAAGGAGAUGAAGAUAGUGUUACACGUUGCAUUUGUGAAUUUGAGCACGACGAUGGUUAUAUGAUAUGUUGCGACAAGUGCUUUGUUUGGCAACAUGUCGAUUGUAUGUUUAUCGAUCGAACCAACAUUCAAGAAGAAUACUUAUGUGAACGGUGUGAACCACGUCGAGUAGAUCGCCAACGUGCUCGAGCUAUUCAACUGCGUAAACGAGAAGAAAUAUUGAACAAUGGCAGUUCGAGUGAUACAUCAUCUGGAUCAUCGCUACUUGAGAACACUGGGCUAAAUAACAAUAUUCCCCCAAAUAAGAAACGUCCGAAUAACCUUGCUACACAUCCACAGGGUGCUGUUAUCGGCCAAACUCCACAAUCGGCUAUUGUUAAUCGUAAUAGAAAGAAUGACACAACACCUACUAGAAAUCAUCGACCAUUAUCAGCGUCACAACGUCGAUCCCGACGUGAUUUACAGCAACAAACAAGUUCACAGCGUAAUAAUUCAUCAUCAUCGGUGCGGAAAAAUUCAGCAGUAAAACGUCGCCAAGAAAGGAAAGUACAAUCUAAACGAAAAACUAAAACAAGACGUCAACAGAAAUCACAAGAUAAUAAUGAUGAAUCGCAAGAGUUUUGGGAUCGUAAUACUCGUGAAAAUUCAACGAAUUCAGUUGUACAGCUACGUCAAUGGAUUGAAAACUAUGAAGAAGCUGUUACUAAUCAUUAUUCUCCUGAAUUACGGGCGCGAAUUAUGAAAACUAAAGAUCAACAAAAUGCGGACUCGAAAGUGAACUUAAAUUCCUUGGUACAAGCUAGUGCAAAUGUACAUAAAUGUCGAACUAUACCCCAAGUGAACUUGGGUACAAAAAUACUUGUAUCCACAAUGUAUUUACCUCCAAAUACACCGAUUAUUGAAUUACGUGGUAAAUAUAUGUUAGGUUCACCUCAGCCUCCAGGUGGCCCUGGAGGAGGUAAUAAUGUAAUCGGAUCGAAUAGUUCAAAUGUUUUGGGACGUCAUCAUACAACCCAACGCCCUGGCCCAUUUUUAUUUUUCUACAAACUACCAAAAGAUGGUACCGAAGUGUGUGUAGAUACACGCACAUAUGGUAACGAUGCUCGAUUUGUACGGCGGAGUUGUAAACCGAACGCAGAAGUACGACACUGUAUUGAGAAAGGAACAUUACAUUUGUAUUUAGUUUCAUUGAAUGCCAUUGAAAAGAACACGGAGUUAACGAUUCGGCAUGAUACUUAUAAUGUGGGAUCCUCAACUUCGAAUAUUAUGUCAUGUGCUUGUAGUAAUCCGGAACAGUGCAGUGUAAAUACAACUACGCAACAACAACAAUCACCGGUAGUUACGUCCAAUGCGACAGCGGCAGUGGCAACUGCAAAUGUUAAAAGUAGUUCAGAAAAGAGUUCCUCGACAACGAUGGUGACGAGGAGAAGUAAUGGCGUUGUGCAUGAUUUGGUUGAAUUGGGUACACAAAGGAAAAGAAGAGGUCGCCGAACAACGUCUACGUCUGAACAAGAACUAACUUCACCAACAUCUUCAACGGUUGCUACAAAAGUUUCUCCCGUGAAUACCACUCCAAUUCCCCCACAACCUAUGUCUCCAAUUCCUGUUGUUGAACCAGUAGCUCAAUCAGCACCUACUCCAAUGGAUGUAGUUGUUUCACCUACACCACCACCACCACCACCACCAACACAACCAUCACCUGUUGUUUCUCCUGUACCUACACCUCCUGUGAUACAACCUCCUGUUGGAGGACCAACACGACGCAGUUCACUUAAUUCACGUGCAGUUGGAAAGAGUGAGGAAAAAAAUGAAAAUAUAACUCUUCCGACUAACGCUGCUGCUACACCUAGUGAAAAAACACAACAACGUGAAACAGAUAAAAAAGAUAAAAAGAAAAUGACACGUGAAGAACGAAAAAUGGAAGCUAUUAUGAAAGCUUUCGAACGAUUAGAAAAACAGGAACAACGAAAACAAGAGUCAAAAACACGACAAGCUCAUCGCAGAGAAUCAGACCCACCGUUAAUUGACCAUUCAAUAAAUGAAAUGCGUUCGAAACGUAAAAAGCGUAAAGGUCGAGCACGAACAAUUAGCACGAAUUCGUCAUCGAAUUUAAAUAUGUCAAUAAAACGUCGAACGCGGGUCAAUUCAACCGAUUCUUAUAUGACCUCUGGUGAUGAUAGUUCAUUAACUUCACCACCAUUACCAUCAUCGAGUCACGAUAACGAUGUAUCAAAUUCACGUAACAGUAUUGAUUCAGAGAUUAACAAUAAUCCAACAGUUGAUGGAACAACUAAUUCGAUUGAUAUUGAAACAGAAAAUCAAACAACUCGAAAUGACGAAGAAAUCUUAGAGAAAUCAUUCCAAGAUGUUCAACAUAUGAGUACAGAAGGACAUGCUGCUGGUUUAUUAUUAGCACUAGCCAAUGGUGGAGGUCAACUUAAUGAGGAUCAUUUAAAAUCACCAAUUCGGGAUCCAGAUACAUGUAGCAGUGCAGGCUCUGUACAAUCUUCACCAGGAACACCCGUAUCAUCUAAUUGUUUGUUAGUUGCAGCUGCUGUUGAACAAAUUACACCUGGAUUUAAAUUUCCAAAAACUAAAAAAGCAAUUAUGAACGAAUGGCUUAAUAAAUCACCAGAAUCAUCAGUUAGUCAAUUACCACAGCAAUCAACUGGUACUGUUGUCACGUCAAUACCUACAACUCUAACAUUACAAACCCAAACAACUUCGUCGUCUCGUCCAUUAGAGUUACAAACAACUUCGUUAUCUGUAUCACCUUUGACCACAUCAGAAGUAACAUCUUCAUCACCUUGUCGACAAUCACUAGCUACUCUUGUACAAGCUGCAAAUAUAUGUUCAUCAUCAACUGUUGCACAUCCAACGGGUGGAAAUGCGAAAAAGCGGUGGCUACGUCAGGCAAUUAGUGAGGAAUGUGAUUCACCGAAUAGUCGUCCAGAAUCUCCUCAUGCUCCUGAAAUGAUUGCACCACCUAAGAAACGAAGAUUAGCAAGGGAAUCAUUAUCAUCUGAACAAUCAUUUACACCACCUACAACACCAACAAGACCUAACAGUCUUAAUGUAAUGAAUGAAGAUUACGAAUGUGAUCAAAUAUUAGGAAAUGAUGAAGAAUAUUACGAAGAAACUACAGAACCAACAAAAAUGUUGGUUGACGAUAACAAUUCAACGCCACCCACACCAAUGAAUUCGUCCCCAAUAUCAUCACCAAAGAAAGCGGGUAAAAUUAGGAGCAAUAAUAUUCAAGAAAAUGGAUUUUCACCUUCACAACGGGAUGAUUUAAUAGAAUCACCUGUAGUUGAAAAAAAUGAUAAACGUCAUAGUACUGAAGAAUUAAUUCCACAAUCCACAACCACAGUACCAUUACCCCCGCCAAAUAAUAUCAGUUUGGAUCCACGAUUACGAUAUGAAAGUCCACAACACUGCUUGGGUAAAGUUGAGGAAACAUUACAAUUGCUGGAAUCAUGGACAUACACUCCAAAAACUACAGCUAAUGAAUCAAUUCCACCAGCAAAACGAAAGCUCUCUAUCUCAGAGUAUCGACAACGAAAACAACAAGUUGGCAGCGGUGGAACCACACCUUGCAGUGAUAAAGGCUUUUCAGAAUCAACAUCAUCAUCAUCAAUAAAUACUGGUGUAUCAAUAAGCGUAUCUGAUAUAACUAGCAGUAUAAGUACACCAGAAUCACCACGUCCAAUUGCACGAACACGUACGAAUAGUGCAAGUAGUGCAACGUCGUCGUUGUCAUCUGAUGAUGAUAUCCAAAAAGAUACAACACAGUUGGUUUUGGAUUUACCAGAAAAAGAUAAAAGUAUUAUAAGUGUAGCACCUGCUUUUAAUUCAGCACCGACACAUCUGGAACGACAACGUGAAAAUUUAACAGCCCGGUUAAAACGUGAAUUUGGACUGUUUGUACCAGAAGAUGACGAAAGUAAAAAAAAUAUUACAAUUGGGGGUGAAACUUCAUUAUUGGGACAACGUUUAUCUUUAAGAACAAGUUCAUUUUUAACAACACCACCAUUGAGUACUAAUGAAGAAUCAUCUGUUACACGAUCCACUGGUAUUCCACCUUCUAUUAUUACUGAAUCAACUGAAAAUAGUAAUUCGGCUACCUUAACAGUACCUCCUGCAUCGACAGCUAUAUCUGUUGAUAUACCUUCAAAAGUUUUGGAACCAACAACUGCUUCUACGUAUUUAUCGAGCACUGAUACGUCUCAUUUGUAUCCAACGCCAUCUGUAAUACCAAAUGGUGCUGCUACUUUUUCUGGCAAGAAUGCUGUGGUUCCAUCAAUGAAUUUUAUAACGCCAUUUGAUAAUCCUGUUUAUCCGAAUACUACAUAUUAUACUGGAUUUCCUACAGGUAAAACUUCGUACCUGAAUAAUGAGACUCCAAACUCAGCAACAUCAAAUGCUGAUACUAGUAUUCCAACAACAUACUCGUAUUUAAAAUCAUCUGCUGUUGCUCGCAAAUAAAUUUGGGGUUUGCAAUAAAACAAAAAAAAAUUUUAGUAGCACUUAAAAGUAAGUGUGACGUGUGAUGAUGUGUGAUCUUAAAAAGAAAUUUCGUGUAUAAAC